CACACCAUGGAGCUCCAGACUGCUACAACAACGACAGCCCUGGAAACUAACUGGUUCUCGUGGUGAUCUCACACAGCGAUGGCAAUGGGGGCUGCUGUUUACUUUGUGCAAGCUUUGCCUUUUGCACCCCUUGUCCGCCACCUGAUCUGUUGUUGAUUGCACAGUAAAUAAGCGAUUGUCGUACAGUUUUUUUUUUUUUUUUUCAAUUUAGGAAGAAUGUAAUUUCUGGAAACCUGCACAGCUUUCUGCAAGUGGCGAUCAGAUUCUAUUGUGCUCCUGCUUUUACUGUCACUGAGCUAUCGCAUUAUUAUUAUUAUUAUUAUUAUUAUUAUUAUUAUUAUUAUUAUUAUUAUUAUUAUUAUUAUUAAUAAUUUAAUUAUUUUAAACCUGCGUUGGAAACUAUUGAACAAAAGGAAACAAUUGACAUAUUCCUGUUUAUUGAACAGCGGAAGCUAUUGUUUAUCAUUUUUCAGAUCUGGAUCAUAAUUUCUGCUCUUGUCACCAUAGUGUACACAGAGUACCAGCAUUUGGAAUCUGCAUCUAUUUCCCUCGCUACCCUCCCGUAUGCACUUUGCAAUAGCAUUGCAAAUAGGGAGGAUCCGCGCCGGCUGGCUGAAAAACAAGUAAAGCAUAGCAUGCUUUGGAUAUAAAAUACAUCAUCAAGAUGGGUAAAGAUCAGGAAUUGCUACAAGCGGUGAAGACUGAAGAUGUUGUUACGGUGCAAAAGCUAUUGCAGAGGCCCAAGCCGGGGAAAGCAAAGCUGUUAGGCUCCGCUAAGAGAGUCAACGUGAACUUCCAAGACACAGAUGGGUUCUCAGCUUUACAUCAUGCUGCCCUCAAUGGAAACAUGGAACUCAUCUCCCUGCUGCUGGAGUCACAGGCUACAGUGGAUAUUAAAGACCAGAAAGGAAUGCGUCCACUGCACUACGCGGCCUGGCAGGGUAAAGUUGAACCAAUGAAGACGCUGCUGAAGUCGGGAUCUUCUGUCAACAGCCAAUCAGAUGAAGGACAGAUCCCCCUGCAUCUUGCAGCACAGCACGGGCAUUAUGAUGUCUCAGAGAUGCUGCUACAGCACCAGUCCAAUCCGUGUAUUGUGGACAAUGCAGGAAAGACUCCCUUAGACCUGGCCUGUGAAUUUGGAAGAGUCGGGGUGGUCCAGCUGCUGCUGAGCAGCAACAUGUGCGCUGCUUUGCUGGAGCCCAAGCCGGGCGACACCACUGACCCCAACGGCACCAGCCCCCUGCACCAGGCAGCCAAGAAUGGCCACAUCGACAUCAUCAGGCUACUUCUGCAGGCUGGCAUCAACAUCAACAGGCAGACCAAGGCUGGCACAGCAUUACAUGAGGCAGCUCUCUGCGGGAAGACAGAGGUGGUGCGCCUCCUGCUGGAUAGCGGAAUCAAUGCCCAGGUCAGGAACACAUACAGUCAGACGGCCCUGGACAUCGUUAACCAGUUCACUGCCACCCAGGCCAGCAAGGAGAUCAAGCAGCUGCUCAGAGACGCCUCGGCUGCCCUACAGGUGAGGUCAAUGAAGGAUUAUUGUAACAACUACGACCUGACCAGCUUGAAUAUCAAAGCCGGAGAUAUCAUCACAGUGCUAGAGCAGCACCCUGAUGGCAGGUGGAAGGGCUGUAUCCAUGACAACAGGACAGGAAAUGACAGAGUGGGAUCCUUCCCUUCCAGCAUCGUGGAGGUGAUCAGUAAGAGGACAGGUUCAUGGAAUACAGUCAUUUGUACCCAACAGUAUCAAAAGAUACAGAUUUCUGCGUCGUCGUACGGCCCCGGGGCCAUGGUUAACGGCGAAACGUACCAUCAGUUCCAUUACUUGCCGCCACCUCCACCUCCACCUCCACAUUCCCAUCAGCCACUUUUCAGUUCCUUUGGGUAUCACAGGUCCUAUAGUACUUCAGAAGAGCUGCACUGUGGACAAGGUCCCCGAGGUUCAGAAUCCAGUCCACAUGGCUCACCCACCCCGGCUACGGGCAGCUCCACCGGCGCCAGCGAGGAGAUUUGGGUUCUGCGCAAGCCCUUUGCAGGCGGUGAUCGCAGCAGUGUGGGCAGCACAGGGAGCAUGGCCAGUGCCCGAUCGUCUGGGAGUGGACAGAGUGCAAGCAGCAGCGCCCACGCACUACACGCCCAGGCAGAGGGUGUCAAGCUUUUGGCAACAGUUCUGUCCCAGUCCCAGAAGGCAAAGGAACACCUUGCUGCUGAAGGUUCGGGAAAGUCUUUGGACCAACCUGCAGGGUCUUCACGUCCACAGAGUACAACUAGCUGCCUGUACCACGAGCAGCCAUACGGGGACCAGCCUCCACAGAGGAAAACUGAGGCAGCGUCCGAGGGGAAGAGCUCAGAGGCCGUUAUCCAUUGGCUGAGCGAGUUUCAGCUCCAGGUCUACGCUCCAAACUUCAUCACUGCCGGGUAUGACAUUCCCACCAUUAGCCGCAUGACCCCCGAGGAUCUGACAGCUAUCGGAGUAACCAAGCCUGGGCACAGGAAGAAAAUUACUUCUGAAAUCAGCAAGCUGAAUGUGGCGGAGUGGCUCCCUGAACACAAGCCUGCCAAUUUGGCUGAAUGGUUGUCAAUGAUAGGCCUUGGCCAAUAUUAUCAAAUCCUUGUGCACAAUGGCUAUGAGAACAUCGACUUCAUUACAGACAUCACCUGGGAGGACCUGCAGGAGAUUGGCAUCACCAAACUAGGCCAUCAAAAGAAGCUCAUGCUGGCUGUGAAGAAGCUGGCAGAGAUACAGAAGGCGGUGGAGCACGGCCAGGGCACGCUCAGGAAGAAGGCUCCUCAGUCUCUGGAGGUGGUGGCCAUUGAGUCCCCUCAGCCAGAGACGGCAGAGUGCCUCUCCCCCAAGAUGACCACCUUCCAGGACAGCGAGCUGAGCAACGAGCUGCAGGCCGCCAUGACACGCACAGGGGACUCCCAGGACAACAUGGAGCUGAAGCAAGCCAGUAACCACAUGCCCCACCGACCCCAGAUGUCUCGGAGCCUCCACGAGAACAGCCUGAGCAGCAAGGCCAAGGAACUGCCAGCAGUGGGGCCUGUCGAGGAAGGGGGCACUCCCCAGAGGAAGGAAGUGCGGCCCAUGAGGCAGAGGGCAAGCGUGCCCCCUGUGCUGGGAAAACCCAGGCAGUCCUUCCCCCCUGCUGGAGGUCCUACUUAUACACCACCCCAGACCCCAACAAAACCCAGGCCGUCCUCCCCACAGACUAUGGGGGUUUCUCAAACUAUGGCCAAAGUAAAGCCCACCCCCCAGCUGCUUCCCCAAGCAGACCACCCCAUGUCCCCAAGGUCUCUCCCACAAUCCCCCACACAGAGGGGCUUCGCCUAUGUCUUGCCCCAGCCAGUAGAAGGAGGGGAAGCGAAUGUUACCCAUGGGACUGGAGUUGCUCCCGUUCUCCCCAUUUCUGUCCCAGUGCUCUGCCUCCCCCCUCAAGGGGAUGAAUCCGACGAGGAACAGGGAAGGCCGAAGAAACGGGCGCACAGCUUGAACCGGUACGCCAUGUCCGAUAGCGAGCGGGACUGCGAGGAGUUAAUGGUGCCGGACGUUACGCCUUAUGCCACCGUGCAGCGGCGUGUGAGCAGGAGCCACUCUGUGAGGGGCCAGUCUGGGGAUAAGAACGUCAACCGCAGCCAGUCCUUCGCCCUUCGGCCCAAGAAGAAAGGCCCACCUCCCCCUCCCCCCAAGCGCUCCAGCUCAGCUAUUUCAAGCACAAACCUGGCUGAUGACUUCACCGGGGAGGGUGGUGGCAACGAGCUGGAGGUGGUGUACCGGGAGCAGCGGCGGGCCAGUGACUUCGGGGGCAUGGUGGACACAGGAAGCGUUGGCAGCGUGAAGAGUAUCGCCGCCAUGUUGGAAAUGUCCUCCAUUGGGGGAGGACCCAAAGCUCUGGCACUGCAGAAGGCUCUCGGUGGCAGCGGCAUACACUAUCUGCAGCCCAGUCCGGAGCAUGGGCGAGUGGCCUCUGUGAAGCACCGAGAUGCAAUCGGCCUGGACGGGGAAGUGGUCAACCGGCGGAGAACCAUCAGCGGGCCUGUGACUGGACUGAUUGCCACAGCGCGCAGAGAGAGGGCCGACAGCGUGAGAUCCGCCAAGGAACCCGAGUCCCCGAAGGAUAAGCCUCAAGAGGACCAACAGCAGCCAGGUUCUCGGACCAGCUCCAGUGAGAAUAUCCCUUUUGCCAAAGAAGGCAACCUGACCAUCAAGCAGAGACCCAAGAAACCGGAGGCUGGCGACGGCCUGCCAGAGAACGUGUACACCCUGAAACAGGAAGACUUCUCCAGAGUGGAUGCCAAUGGUACUCUGAAGAGACGAGUGAAGUCAAGGCAUCACCCAGACAGUGUGAAAUUCCACCUUACCGAGUCCAGCACAGUGAAGAGGCGACCGAAAACCAAGGAGAAGGACCAGACAGGUUCCCCGCAGGAGUCUCAACACUUUGCCGUCUAUCAGAACGGCACUGGCACUAUUAAACGAAGGCCAGUGUCUGAGAUGAGUGGGGUGGAGGGCCCCAUGUCCCACUUGGCGGCCGAGGGCAAUGGCGACCAGGGGCCCCGCAGAGACAGUUUGGAAGCCGGCGAUGGAGAGACCAUGAAGCCCAUCAAGCCGCCUGUCUCCCCCAAACCAGUCCUCACACAAAAGGGCACUGUGAAGAAGCAAGGACCCCCAACUCCCACUUCAAAGAAGGCUCCCACCCCCGGACCUGGCAGCCCAGAAGUGAAGCGAGUUCCUCCACCGGUGUCACCAAAGCCCGCCCCCCCACCUACAGCACCAAAGCCAGCCAAGGUGCAAGCUGUCCUGCAGUCGAUCAGCACUGGACUGACCCCAACCCCCACCCCUGCCAAACAACCAGGCUCUGAAAAGGCUUCAAGCACACCUCCCUCCCUGUGUUCCAGCCCCGCUAAACCGCAAAGCCCCCCGGGUCUGGGGCAGCUCCCUCCUCCCCCUCCCCUGGCCCCACCACCAGCUCAGACCCCCCAGCCCUCCCCCCAGCCCUCCCCUCAGCCCUCCCAUCACGGGGUGCCUGUGAAGCCUCCCCGCUCCUCCAUCGCCGGCACCUCCACAGACAGCACCGGCCCUGACACCGCACAGCAGAAACUGGACGAGACCAGCGCCUCGCUCGCUGCUGCCCUGCAGGCUGUCGAGGAGAAGAUCAAAGCAGAUUCCAGCACUGAGGCAAAGAGCACAGUCAGCAUACUGGACGACAUUGGCAGCAUGUUCGAUGACCUGGCCGACCAGCUUGAUGCGAUGCUGGAGUGAAUCCAGCGAGGAAAGCUCAAGAUUCACAAACCUCAGGACUCAGUGCACCAAUCGAGAUUAUAUGAGCGAUGGUGUGGUGAUACAACAACUUUCAAGGUCUUUACAUCAUCUUCGUAAUGCACUAUUAUUUUUGGAAUAACUCAUCCUAUAACAUUUCUAAAUGGAAACACAAACUCCUGACCGUUUUUAAUAUCAACUAGGCAGUCCACUCAAAGAUUUUUUUUUUUUUUUUUUUUUUGUAGUAUAUUAAGUGUAAAAUAAUUUUAAAAAAUUGGUAGUUGUGUUAUUAAAUUUUGUUCUGAUGCAAUGUUUCAGCAACUUAGGGUUAGUAUGUAUACAUGAAGAAAAUACACAGUACAGUGGUUAUGCAGCUGAGUUAUAGCUAUGUACCUCCUGAACCAUGUGAAAACUGUUUUUACCCUUCUUUGGCACACAACUCACGUAGUAAUUAAUCUAGGGCACAGUACGGUGCAGAUUUCAUCUCUGAGCUAUCUCUCAGAACAAGACACACCGAUCAUUAAACAAGCACAGUGGGGAGCAUUGAUUGCAGCUGGAGCUUGUUGUACAGUAUACGCUGCUGAAGAUGUGGACGUCAAUGUUGUCUAGUGAUUAUUUAUUGAAUGGAAGGUUUUUAGCAUAGGCUUUUUUGUGCGUAGCAGUACUAGUUUUUUUUGUGAUUUAAGUAGGACAUGAAUGGAUACUGCAUUCUUUCAAAGCAAGAGUGUAUAUAAACUGGAACAGGUACAGAGAUAUAAGCUAAAGACCACUUUGUAGGUAUUAUAAAGUCUGCCCUCUGGUGGUGAUACAAUACAUUGCACUCACUUCAGAAUUGCCAGGCCGCAACAGAUUUGGCUAUUUUUUUUAUUUAAAAAUAAAGAACCUUUUUUUUUGUUUUUUAAAUUGAAGGAGAGAGAGAGAGAGAGAGAGAGAGAGAGAGAGAGAGAGAGAGAGAGAGAGAGAGAGAGAGAGAGAGAGAGAGAGAGAGAGAGAGAGAGAGAGAGUGAGUUAGGGCCAUAGUACAAGGUACCUUAAGACCAACAUUCUGCUAGAUUAUAGAAACGUUUUCCUUUUUUCAUUGAUUAUUUUUUGAUUUACAGGACAUAUCAUUGGAUCCCUGUAUACAUGUUCUCAACAGUUGUGCCCGAAUGCUAAUGUUUGAAACGUACAACAUAACAUUUAUAAAAAUAAGCUCCCCGAAUCUGAAAUGUCUUUUAAAAGUGAGUGCUGAGAAUGCAUGUAUUUAAAAAAUAAUCAUUUAUUAUAUAAAAACUAUUUAACAGUAUGUAUGUAUAUGAAAAAGUGAAGGUAGGGAGAAAAAGACUACGUGCGCAAAAAGAAAAUACAGCACAAAUGUAAAGUUUUUUAUUAUCAUUUUUCUUUGUGGAAGCUUUUUGCAGAUGUAACUUUAACUAUUACAUGGUCACUCUAUUAGUACAUAUGUAGACUUUUGUUUUAUAUUAAUUGGUUUUAUGCAAUGUCAUACAUUUGUAUAUGUGCCUUGCUUUAAGUUUGUGGAUGUUUUCUUUAAUUGUGAAACAAAAUGUUUUUUGUAUUUUUUUUUUUUUCGUGCAUGUGCAUUCUACAGAAUGUACUCAUGUAAUAAUACUGUAUAAAAUGUGUAUAAAAGUCUGGUCUACUGCUGCCUGAUUAAUGAUGAAUGCCUGUGCUUGUGGUUGCAAAACGAAGCGUCUCCUGUAAUUCUAUUGACAUUUCAAUUACAACAGUAUGGUCUACUUAUAUUGUAUACAGUGAUGGAAAUGUAAGAGGUGGAGGAUAUUACUUCACAAUUCAAAAAUAUCACACACACACCCCAAACAAAACUAUACCAUGAAGGUUUAAAGUUACCGGAAUUGUGUUAAAUACAUUUCCAGCUUGUGCAAGCUAUGCAUCCUGGUUUCCUUCACUUGCUGAACUGUGUUCUAUAGUUUCUAUGUAUACUAACUGGAUGUUUCGUGGUGACUUAAAGAGUGUUGUCCCAUUUUUCUUUCUUCUUUUCGAAAAGUAAUCUUGCAAAUUAAAAAAAAACACAGAUCUUAUUAAGCAAGAUUUAUUUAUUGUAAAGAAAA